AUGGUGAAGUUCUUUCGCAACAUUUUCAACAGUUAUCUCCUGACUAUGCCACGUGAACGACGAGUAGUGAUUGUGGAGAGCUUACUUACUCCUACACAAUUCAGAGAAACUGUUUGUGAGGCACUUCUUGAAGUUCCAGUGUUCUUUUUAUUCCUUCCUCAUCUCGCUGCAACAUUCCCUUUCAAUACAGAAUAUGCGCUCGUUGUAGAUGUCGGAUAUGUGGAAACACUUGCAGUUCCCAUUGCUGAAAGUGUAACUAUGUUGUCUUGUUGGGAACUUUCAAGUGUUGGUUCGAGAAGAUUGGAAGACCGUGUACGGGAACUGCUCAAGGUUCAUGGCCGCGUGGACAGUGGUGACGGUGUUCGUGAACUGAACGAAGACGACUGGAAAAUAAUAGAGGAUUCCAAUAUUGUGGAAGACAUAUGUGUACGUUUUGUCUUUUGCUGUCCCUUUGAACGUGGUCAAGCCAUCCAGGCAAGUGGUGCGGAGCACGGUUUGCCUCCGGUGAAAUCUGUAAAAGUACCCCUUGGUGCUGAGUUUCUUCAUAAUUCCUGGAUUCGUAAGUGCCCACUGGACUUACGCAAACUAAUGUUCGAAAGCAUUCUGCUGACUGGAGGCCCUACGCUUAUUCCAGGAUUCCUUGCUCGUUUG